AUGCCACGUGGGGUCGUAGCUGAGGCCGCAGCACCGCUGGCUCCAUUUGCCACGUCUUCAUCUAAACGGGGCAAGCCAUCAUCCUUUUCUUCCGAGGUAUCCGGCAAGUUGAAGGCAGAGUGGUACCUGGGCAGUAUUCUGGUGGACAUCGCACUCCACAAGUGUUGCACCAUCUGGGAUCAGGCUCUCAAGAAGGAGCUUUACUCCCCUGGUUACAAGACGUACUGUCAUACCAAUGACAUCUUCUCAUGGUACUUGUGCCUUCAUCCUGCCGUGAGGGAGAGGGUGGACUUGACUGGCUUGGGUCGCACUGCUCAAGUCGUUUCACCCAAGCUGGAUACUCUCGUAGUUCAUGCUUUGGCGGACCAAUGGUGGCCAUCAACUCACACAUUUCACCUGCCUGCUAGGGAGGUAACCAUCAUCCCUCUGGACUUCUUCAUGAUUAUAGGGAUCCCCUUCUCUAGGAGACCUAUUUUCGUGAAUCCUUCCCUUGAGACAAGAUCCCUUAAGGAUAUUGGGAAUCUCCUGGGUUUCACACUGACUUCUCGUGUCAUUCUCUUGUCCACCCUAAAGAAGGAGUGGGACAGCAGUGUGAUUGAUGACAACUCCCCUAGGGAGUUAUUGGACCAGGCUGCUAGGACAUCCUAUGACUGGGGUGGGUCUGGCUAUGCUCAUUUUUUGAGGAUGUUAGAUCGUGUUACUUUCGGCACCCCUGGCUUGACCAAUUGCGCCUACGUUCUUUGGUGCUAUGAGGUUUUAGGGAUCCAUGCCCCUGGUCUCCCUAACGAGUCGGCUCCUUACAUCCCCCGAGUGACUCAUUGGAGGAAGGCCGGGUGUUCUCUCAUCGAUGAGCUGCAAGUACGUCUUCAGCUCAAUGACUUGGCAGUUAACUGGUACCCAGGUCAUCGCCUGAUUCCUGGCGAGUACGGAUUACCUCCCUCACAUGGUUGCAGUGUGAGCUCUCACCCUUCCCAUGCUGCUGGUGCUGACUUGCCUAUCGCGUAG